CCUAUUUUGAAUUUCAUUUCACAGUAAACCAAAAGAAGAGAACUGAACGAUGAAUGAAACUGUUUACGUUACUUUACCUAUCCGGAUUAUUGUUAUAAUUGAAGGAAUAAUUGGUGCGCUGUUCAACAUGGUUGCGAUAGUUGUUAUUUUUAGAGUGACCAUAGGUUCUAAAUUCACUUCAUUCUUACUAAGAACUCAAUCUUUACUUGACUUCGGCGCAUGCUUCUCAGCAGCUGUUUAUUAUAUAAUUCAAUCCACCAAUAUCUAUAACAAACAUACUGGCUUAUACAUUAUCGAUAUCCUGAUAUGUCACUUAUGGUUUCGAAAUGCAUCCUUCUGGUUAUUUUGUAUCAUGAGUGUGCAAAAUCUAGUUUGUAUAUCAUUGGAUCGAGUGAGUUCUGUCCUAUUUCUUGGAUCAUUCAAAAAGUAUACGAAUAGAUUUUUCGUACUAUACUUUCUUUACAUGCUCAGUAUGUUUUUAAUUUUGUACAUACCAACACCACUUCUUCGUCGUUACACUGAUAGCCGAUGUGUUAUGGAUUUUUCAUUCCCCUGGAUUCAAACGACAACAUUUCUUGAUUACAUUGUAUACUCCUGGGUUGUGUUCGAGUACUUUGUUCCAGUUUUAGUUAUGUUGAUCAGUCAUGCAUGGGUCAUACAUAUUAUUAGGAAAUCUCAAUCAUCUCGUCAUAGUGAUUCAUUACAAAAUGUGGAGUCUAGUUUGCAAAUUAAGCGUACAGUGAUUCAGUUAGUGAUUACAACAGCAAUAAUGUCAUGUCAACAAGCUAUAUUACACUCGUUUGAAUGUAUAAGUCAAAUAUUAAUCAUAUGUGAAGUUGUGGUUUACACUUACGGUACUCCGAUUGAACAAAUGGGUACAAUACUUAUAUUAUUUGGAUGUUCUUCUAAUCCAUGUAUUCUUAUCUUCAGCACAAGUACACUGAGAAGAUAUUUAUUGUCACUAAUUAAAGGUAAAAAACAAAAAAUGUCCAGUAUUGAAACAUACGGGCAAACAGAAUAUAAUCAGCACUAA